GGGGGGGGGGGCACCGCCCCUCCCUCCCCGUCCGCCUCACCGUUUGCAACCUCCUGCCUGCCGCAAGCUCCCCACCCGUCAUUGGAGCUCCCGCACGAAGCGCUUCUGCUUCGGCGCCAGCGGGUCCUUCUGCCACACCGACGCCGUCGGAGACAGCACCGCGCACUGGCUGUUUCGUAAAAAGACUCCGGUAACGCCGCGGUGCUACUACCUCUUCGCUUACCACCUGGAGGACGGCGGCGGCCGUGUCUCCAUGAAGGGGCUGCCCCCCUCCGUGAGGAACUACCCUGAGUCCUGCCGCCCGUGCCUCAACCUCGCCAUGGACAGCACGCUCUCUGUUCUCCUGAUGCGCAGCACUACAGAUCAUGAUCCCCACAACGGCGUAAUUAGUUACCGAGACAGAGUAGAGAUCUGGAGCUGAAGAAGAAGAGAGCGUGGCGGAGGAAGAGGACGACGACAGCGAUGGAGCUGCUGCUUCUCUGAGCUGACGUGCGGGCCCCACCUCAUCAAGAGAACAACGAUACUGAAUUUAUCCGAGAAAAGGGGCGGCCCCUGUAGGUGAAGGGAACAAAAAGAAAAGGAUUACUUUGAGAGAUGGUAUCCUGGAUAUAGUGAGGAAAAUUUGCAAGUAGGCCACCAAGCAACAGUGAGGCAUUAGCGAACUCCAGGAAAGUAAUGGCUGAAAUUGUGCUCCUCCUAGUCAUUGAAAAGAUAGGAGUCGCAUUGGCAAAUGGAGCGGCAAAUCAGGCAUGUGCUGAGUUUUGCAAGUAUGCGACACGACUAACAGAGCUGCAGGCCAGCAUGGGUCGUGUUAUGAGGGAGCUUCGCGUGAUGCAUGAUGUUCUCUGUCAAAUGGACAUUCGAAAGCGCAACCAUCAAGCAUUCGAGAGCUGGUUGGAUGGGGUACGGAAGGUAGCACAUGAUAUGGAGGACAUGGUGGAUGAGUACUUGUAUCGAGUUGGUCGGGAACAUGAUAUAGGGUGCUGCUUUUACCUGAAGAAGGGGUUCAGGAAACCAAGAUCUCUGCUUUCUUUGAACCAAAUAGCUUCUGGUGUGAAGGAAAUAGAGAAGGACCUUGCACACCUGUCGGAGACGAAAAAUCGUUGGAUUUCCAUGAUAAACAAUGGAGAUACUAGCAGCUCGAUUUACAUUGUCCAAAGGUCCCAAGAACUAGCAAACAUUUCACGUACCCUUGACGAAGAAGAUCUAGUUGGGGUGGAUGAAAACAGAGAAAAGCUUGAGCAGUGGUUGGGAGGUGACAACGGGGAACGCUCUGUGAUAACGCUGCUCGGAAUGGGAGGGCUUGGCAAAACAGUUUUAGCUGCAAAUGUCUACAAGAAGGAAAGAGAGAAAUUUCAUUGCCACGCAUGGGUCUCCAUCUCUCAAACUUAUUCUAUAGAAGAUGUCUUGAGGAAUAUAAUAAAGGAACUCUUUAAAGAUAAAGCCGGCGUUUCAUCAGACACCGCGGCUAUGGAUAUCACAUGCCUUCAAGAGACACUAAAGAGAUUUUUGGAGAAAAAGAAGUACUUGAUCAUAUUAGAUGAUGUUUGGACUCCAGAAGCAUUUUAUGACUUCUCUAGGACACUUGUUUGUAAUGUUAAGGGCAGUAGAUUGAUAAUCACAACUCGACAACGCGAUGUUGCUGCACUUGCUUCUCAAGGACAUAUGUUAACACUAGAAGCUUUACCAGAAGAUGAGGCAUGGGAUCUCUUUUGUAAGAAAUCAUUUCCAAGAGAGAUGAAUCAUGAAUGCCCCGAGGAGUUGAAGCUUUUGUCCAAGGAAAUCGUUAGCAAGUGCAAAGGCUUGCCUCUUGCUAUUGUGUCAGUUGGUAGCCUCUUGUAUGUGCGUGAGAAAACUGUGGAAGAAUGGAAAAGAAUACAUGAUCAAUUGAGCUGGGAGAUAAUUAAUAAUUCCAGAUUUGACCACGUAAGGAAUGUUUUGCAUCUGAGCUUCAUCUACCUUCCAACAUAUUUGAAAAGUUGUUUCCUGUACUGCAGUUUAUUUCCAGAAGACUAUCUUUUCCACAGAAAAAAGCUUGUACGGCUAUGGCUGGCAGAGGGGUUUAUCGUGGAGAAGGGUUCAAGCACAUUAGAAGAAGUGGCAGAAGGCUAUCUGAAGGAGUUGGUUAACAGAAACAUGCUACAACUUGUUCGCAUGAACUCAUUUGGUAGGAUAAAGAGAUUCAAAAUGCACGAUAUCAUACAUGAAUUGGCAGUUGAUUUGUGCCAGAAAGAUUGUUCUGGUGUUAAAUAUGAGGAGAAUAAAUGUGUGGGGUCUCUUCAGAAGGAUGGACGUCGAUUGGUAGUGCACAAUCUAAAGAAGGAUAUUCAACAAUCAUUUUGUAGCAUACAUGGAGUUCGAACUUUGAUUGCACUGGACAAAAGCAUGCCAUCAUCCAUUUUGUUACCCCAGCUAUCUGAGAAGUCGAGAUAUAUGACGGUGCUAGAAUUAAGUGGUCUACCUAUCGAGAAGAUUCCAGAUUCUAUUGGAGAUCUUUUUAAUCUCCGCCAUUUGGGUUUGCGGAACUCAAAAGUGAAGCUUCUCCCAAAAUCCAUCGAGAAGCUUUCAAAUUUGUUGACACUGGACCUCUGUAUAACUGACAUACAAGAGCUGCCUGGAGGAAUUGUCAAGUUAAAGAAGCUCAGGCACUUAUUUGCUGAGAAAAAUACUCUUCCACCAAGUGAUUUUGGGUUUUGCAGUGGUGUACGCAUCCCCAUUGGGCUUGGGAACCUAACUAACUUGCAGACUCUACAAGCGUUGGAAGCCCAGGAUGAAUCCAUCAGACAACUAGGGGAGCUGAGGCAGCUAAGAAGCUUGAGGAUAUGGAAUGUGAAGGGAAUAUACUGUGGACACCUCUCUGAGUCCCUAGCGCAGAUGCCAUUCUUGACCUACCUAUAUGUAGGUGCAAGUGAUGAGAAGAAUGAGGUUCUCCAGUUGAAUGUCGUCCUGCCAAACCUGCAAAAGCUACGUUUGACUGGACGAUUACCGGAAGGGGCACUGUUGGGACUCCAAGCUGCCAUGCAGAAAUUGUAUUCAUUGCAUCUAUGUUGGUCCCAGCUGAGAGAAGACCCCUUGCCAUGCCUUUCUCGGUUGGCAAAUUUGAUUGCGCUAUCUAUUGGUACUGGAGCAUACAGCGGAGAGGAGUUUGCAUUUCUCGCGGGGUGGUUUCCCAAGCUGAAGAAUCUUCGUCUAAGAAGCUUGCCUAAUCUGAAACGCCUAGAGAUAAAGCAAGGUGCCCUGGUGACUUUGGAAUCAUUUACACUAGGCAACCUAAACAGCAUGACGGAGGUUCCACCUAGCCUUGCGGUUCUGGCGCCCCUCCAGUAUCUAGCCUUCAACGAAAUUACUCAAGAGUUCUUAACGUUGCUACGCCAAUGUCCUGGACUUGUCGGUAGGCAAUGGCGGCAUACUCUCCGAGAUUGAGCUCUAUCUGAUCCCUUGAAUUUAUAUGUCGCCCUAAGGAAAAGAAGACAGAUAUCCGGAUGUACCUCGGCUUGGUCGACUCUCUUCUUCUCUUGUUGUCCAAGACUCAGUGACAAUUUGCUUGUGAUAUUUCAUAUUGCCUAUCGGUUUCGUAUAUGGAUUUUCAAGUAAUAAUACACUUGCUUGUGUUGUAAGACUCUGAUUGCGCUUGCUUGUGACUACAUGUUGCUGCUUUAAGUUAUUGUAUAUUGUAUUGAUGUGUGCUUGUGUACUUAUGA